AUGUCUGGCGUCAAGUCCCGGCUGGCGAGCCUGGUCGGCCAUUUCACUGAUUCGACACCAGCUCCUUUCGAGCAUCGAUUCAACAACCAUACUCUCUCGCCGACUUUCUUCUUGCCCAGGGCGGCGGCAAUUGAACCUGAUGCGGAAGCAGUCUACCACGUUACAGCCAACAACAAGAUUCUCCACCGGAGUUACAGCGAGCUUGCGGAUCGGGCCCGUGGUCUGGCUUAUUAUUUGAAAAAGUGUGGGUUCAAAAGAGUGGGCAUUCUGUGUCCAAAUACACCUGCAUUCUUGGAAUCGAUCUUCGGGAUCGCCGCUGCCGGGGCUGUGAACGUUGGUGUCAAUUAUCGUCUCAAGCAUGAAGAUAUCGCCUAUAUAUUCGAGCAUGGAGAUGUUGAUGUGAUCAUCGCCGACCAGGAAUUCGAGUCGCUGCUCGAGACAUACAGAUCACAGCAUCCCAAAAUUCCCAUAAUCAUCGAUACUGAUACUGAUGCUACGGAGGGAGAAUUGACGGGACCAUUUGAUCAUGCUGUACUCGAAGGGUUGAAGUACGACUUGGAGACCGGCGCGCAGGGCUGGGAGGGCCUUGAGAGCCAAGCUGCAGAUGAAGAAUCCAUCAUCGCAUUGGCAUACACCAGUGGAACCACUGCUAAGCCGAAGGGUGUUGAAUUUACCCACCGAGGUUGCUACCUUGCGAGUCUAGCAAAUGUCAUCGAGUCUGGUCUUAACUUGGACCGCGGUAGGGCAAAGUACCUCUGGACAUUGCCCAUGUUCCAUGCAAUGGGAUGGACAUUCCCCUGGGCAGUGACUGCGGUCCGUGGUACUCACUACUGUCUACGCAAGAUUGACUAUCCGCAGAUUUGGAAACUCCUCAAAGAAGAGCAUAUCACCCACUUCAAUGCAGCACCAACCGUCAACACCCUCCUCUGCAACUCUAAAGAGGCCGAGAGCCUUCCUAACCCCGUUCGCGUUACGGUGGCAGCCAGCCCACCAACACCUCAUCUUUUUGAACAAAUGACAAACCUUAACCUGCACCCGGUCCAUGUCUAUGGCAUGACCGAGACUUACGGCCCUAUUACCAAGGGAUACUAUCUACCGCAGUGGGACCAAAUCCCACUGAAAGAAAAGUACCAGAAGAUGGCCCGACAGGGCCAUGGCUUCAUUACUAGUCUUCCCGCGCGGGUGGUCAAGACUGAGGUACCCGAAGGAACGGUCACCGAUGUUACACAAGAUGGCAAGGAGAUCGGUGAGAUUGUCUUUGUUGGUAAUAUCUGUGCUCGAGGUUACUUCAAGGACCCCGAGGCUACCCGCAAGCUGUUCUCGGGCGGCGUACUUCAUUCGGGAGAUUUAGCUGUUUGGCACCCCGAUGGUGCCAUUCAGAUUCUCGAUCGAGCCAAGGAUAUCAUUAUAAGUGGUGGCGAAAAUAUAUCUUCCGUGGCACUGGAGUCCAUGCUAGCAACACAUCCCGACAUCCUUGAGGCGGGCGUUGUUUCUGUGCCUGAUAGUCACUGGGGAGAACGGCCCAAAGCAUUUAUCACGGUCAAAGAAGGCAAACAGCUUGUGGGACAAGAUGUCAUUGAGUGGGCCCGGAAUCACAGUGGGAUCAGCAAGUUCAUGAUUCCGCGCGAGGUGGAGGUAGUCGAGGAGUUGCCUAAAACCAGUACGGGCAAAAUCCGGAAGAAUGUGCUGCGCGAAUGGGUGAAAGGGCCGAGAGGCAACUGA